CACGUGGUUUGGCGUAAACUGGACACGCAAACUGCGGAUAUUUUUGCUGCUUUAAACGCGUCAACCUCAUUAAACAGAGAUGUCGUGUUUCGCUGGAGAUCCCAACUUCUGCCCUGAGUGUGGGAACGUCCUUCCUCUGCCGGGACAGUCCAAGACCGUCCGCUGCCCCCGCUGCUCCUUCGUUAUCCCUGUGACAGAGUUCUGCGGCCAGAAGAUCGAGUCCACGGUGGUCUUCAACUCCGAGCAGCAGACGUUGAUACACCUGGAGGACGAGGACUCUGAGCUGAACGGGCCUUUGGUGGACCGGCGUUGCUCCCGCUGUGGGAAAGAGGGGAUGGUUUAUCACACCAGACAGAUGAGGUCAGCGGACGAAGGACAGACCGUCUUCUUCACCUGCAUGCACUGCAAGUUUCAAGAGAAGGAGGACUCGUGACACUCUUCACAUCCGCUACUUUUUCCCAACAGCUGCUCCCAAGUUUGUGGCUUCAGCUUCGUGUCCCGCCUGCCAACAAGGAAUCCUGCUCUCAGAACUAAUGUACCGUCUGAGCCAGUGCUUUCACACACGCUAGAUCUGGGUUUUUCUGAGUGCUUUACAUCCAGUUUUUGAAGCAACGAUACAGAAACAUUAAAAGAAAGGAAAAAUGAAAAGAUUGCAGAGUUCCCAUAAAAUGCUACGUCACCCCAGGAACAGACCUGAAGGGAGACGCAGCGAGCCCACGUGAACUUAGACUGAUGGUUCAUGUUUGG